AGUGGGCGUCGUCCAUUCCCCGCGCACGACCAAGAUGAUGGCGGACCGUGCAGGUACUUGAAUAAAACAUCACUCUGAUGCGCCACACCUGUUCUUGGUCUUGCUAUUUACGUUCUUGCUAUUCUUGGGUAUUCAACAUCGACCAUGUGGAAGGUAAGUAACCCUUUCUCAUUUGCUUUUGCUGGCAUGUAGCACUAUGUUUCGCAUCAUCAUUCGCAGGUAAAAUGGCAGGAAACACGAAUUUGCAGUCGUUCAAUGGCCUGGGAGAACCGGUUCCGAGCGGCCCUGCCCCUGCCGGCGGGUUGUUCCUGCAAUUUCUCUCCGGGGAAACGGAAAGCGACUUGUGUUCUUGUAAACUGAAAAGCAAAGACCUGCUGCAGGCAGAGAUAAAGAAACAAAACCCCUUAAGUUUUUUGGAUAACCCCAUUUGUAAUGAAGGUCCGAUCGAUAUGGACACUUUCACAAAGAGAGUUGCUGAUCGUGCUGGAAACAACAACUUGCUAUCCGUUGCAGAAGAGUGCCAGAAGCAGAACCAUCCCACCAAAUGCGACACCACAAAAAUGGGUUUGAACCUGGGCUAUCCGGCACUGAUCCGAGAGUCUCUGAAUGCUUGCACCUGUGAGUCUACAGGGCUGACUCUGGCUACAACCGUAAAAGUAUGAGUGGUCGAGUCAAGAAAGAACUGACUUUUAUUCCCAGUAACGGGCGACUGGAUACUAUUACUUACUACCCGAUCCCGAACGCCAGCAAUUUGAAUUUCGCAUUAUUUCACAACUUACACUUACAUCAGAUACAGGUUCAGAGCAUACUACCUGCAGCAAACGACAAAGCACAGAAAGCCUCUGUGCAGAUAAUCGUUCUAUCUCUAUCCAUUUUUCCGAAAUAAAGUAUCAUGUAGCCUUUUCAACGUUUACCCAAGACAAUCUCUGACUUUUCCAUUUGCCCCUAGAGCCGAAGUACCGCGCACAAGUAAAAUGCUACAGCUACAGAGCUGUAUAAUGAGUCCCAUGCUGUGGUCCGUUAUUUACCAGAAGAUUAAGACUUUAUCUUCUACUCGGGACGAGCGAGCUAAAUUUUGAUUUCUACCCUUGAAGUAUAUUGAAUUUUUGUCCGCGCAAGAACCUUGCAGAUUUUUGUGGAUAUAGUACGCUACAAAUGCGUAUGCGAAUGCGAUCAGACUCAGGUGAUUUUAUCGCGAGCUGGCACCGAAAAUCAAUAAGAAUAAAGACCAGCAACAGAG